GUAGUAAUUCUGGUUGGGUUGAUCUAAAAUAAAGAAACUCUGAGCGAGAAAUGCAUGAUGGGUGCCUCCUUUUGUGGAAUUAGCAAAGAUUUGACUAGGUUCUUGUUUUGAGCUAUAUUUCCAUUGUUAUCAAAGGUGCCGGAAGACUUACCAGAAGGAAAUUGAGGAACUUGAUAAUAAAUAGGGCAAUCUUCAAUCAACCGCCAGCAACCUCUGCGCCGUCGCCACGUCAUCUCCUUGGCUGUUCUUGAUUUUUCCCCUAACCCCUACAUUCUCCCAAAAAAAAGUGAAUCCAUCCAUAACCAUACGCUAAAUCUCUCGACUCCCAUGAAUCCAGCCCCAAAACACCCUCUUUUCUGCGUAAAAUGGCCCUGGAACAGCAACCUCAAUUUGAACAAUAACAAUCCCCCCUGUACCCUCGAUACUCCUUGGGUUUUCAAGUCUGUGAGGAAUUUGGGCGCUGCCGCCUUCAAAUUGAUUAACUCCACUGCUAACACCCAUCUCCGAUUCAACAAUCAAGAGACCAGCAGAUCCGAACAAGUGCAAGGAGAGGCUGAGCAAAGAGCAUUCGCUGCCGCCCUAGCCACCACCAGAGAUGCCACACUGCUUGAGUUUUACUCUCCCAAGUGUAGGCUCUGUAAUUCUCUGCUCCCAUUUGUCACAGAAAUCGAGAACCGCAACUCUGAUUGGCUCAACAUUGUUAUGGCUGAUGCUGAGAAUGAUAUGUGGCUACCUGAGCUUCUCCAUUAUGACAUCAAGUAUGUACCGUGCUUCGUCCUAGUUGAUAAACACGGCAAUGCCCUCGCGAAAACAGGCGUUCCAAACAGUCGACUCCAUGUUGUGGCUGGUGUUUCCCAUCUGCUCAAAAUGAGACGCCCUGUGAAGAAUUAGAGAUGGUCAUUUGGCUUAUUUCGUAUGAGAUUGAACACAAUGGCAGCUCACUCGGAUGUGAUCUGUCCAGUGCACGCUUUCCAGGUUUUCCGGCUGUGAAAGUUUACCUUUAAACACAAGAAAUGUGUAAGAUUGUCUCUGAUGAGGUCAAAUAUUCGGAUCAAGCUCGUAUUUGAUGGAAUAUUUGUGUUUGAUAUUGUUUGGA